AGGCGGGACCAGGCGCGCGGAGCCGCCACAAAAGAAGCGGCCGCGGAGCAACGGUCCCUCGGUCCGAGCUCCAGCCUCCCGGCGUUGCUUCCCCUCUCCCUCUCUGCGGCUCCACCAGCUCCUGCACCCGGCCCAGCUCAGCUCAGCCUGAGCCCCGGUCAGAACCAUGAUGAAAUUUCGAUUCCGCCGGCCGGGCAACGACCCGCAGCGGGAGAAACUCAAACUGGAGCUGUUCGCCUUCAAUAAGACAGUCGAACAUGGAUUUCCAAAUCAGCCUAGUUCUUUGGCGUAUGAUCCAAAACUCCGGCUUAUGGCCAUUGCAACCAAAUCAGGAUCUUUGAAAAUCUAUGGCGUUCCAGGUGUGGAGUUUACAGGGCUACAUAAAGAAACUGGCACAGUGACACAGAUGCACUUUCUACAUGGACAGGGUCGCCUGCUGUCUUUAUUGGAUGAUAAUACCAUUCACCUGUGGGAGAUUAAUCAAAAGAACUGCUAUUGUUUCCUGGAAGAGGUCCGAACUUUCAGACUUCCUGGGCGGCCUGGAUUUGAUGGCGCUAACGCUCCUCCCAGCAUUACUAGAAUUACUGUGAUCAUGUUGAAGUCUUGCUCCAAAUUGGCAUGUUUAGGGACAGAAGGCGGAGGUGUGUACUUCCUAGAAUUGCCCUCAAUGCAGCUGUUGGAUGACAGAACUCUCCUUCAGGAUGAGGUCCUCCAAGGUGUUCCAGAUGAUUACAGAUGUGGGAAAGCUCUGGGGCCCGUUGAAUCUCUCCAGGAAGAUCCUGCUGAUCCAGACAAGAUACUGAUAGGCUACAGCAGAGGCUUGGUGCUCCUUUGGGUCCAGAGCACUCGACAAGUGGAGAACCUGUUUCUAAGCAACCAGCAGCUUGAGAGCCUCAGCUGGGAGCGGAGCAGCAAGACAUUUGUCAGUUCCCACAGUGAUGGAAGCUACAUGGUGUGGCCAGUGAACAAUGCGAGGUCCAAGUCCCAGCCCAUCACCUCUUCCAUUCCAUACGGUCCUUUUCCUUGCAAAGCUAUCAACAAAAUUAUUUGGAGAACAUCAGAAAUGGGAAGUCCAUUUAUAAUCUUCAGCGGCGGGAUGCCAAGAGCCAGUUAUGGAGACAGACAUUGCAUCACUAUAAUGCAGGGCAAGGCCCAAGUUACUCUGGACUUCACCUCGCGUGUGAUUGACUUCUUUACAGUGCAAAACAUGGACCCUGAGCAAGUGUACGAUAAUCCCAGAGCCCUCCUGGUGCUAGUGGAAGAGGAGCUGGUGGCGGUAGAUCUGCAGACCCCAGGCUGGCCGACCAUCACUCCGCCGUACCUCGCAUCACUCCAUUCCUCUGCCAUCACCUGCUCCUAUCACAUCUCCAACAUUCCCGCCAAGCUUUGGGAGAGGAUCAUCUCUGCAGGGAAGCAGCAGAACCCUCUGCAUUCAACAGUGGAGUGGCCAAUCAAUGGUGGGAAAAACCUUGCUCCGGAACCUGUACACAAGGGGCUUCUGCUAACUGGGCAUGAAGAUGGGACAGUGCGUUUCUGGGAUGCAUCUGGUGUGUCGCUGAAGCCCCUUUAUAAACUAGCCACAGCAAAUAUCUUCCAGACAGAUGCAGAUCACACCGAAAAUUUCCCACAGUGUGGGGAGGAGGAAUGGCCUCCAUUCCGCAAGGUUGGUUGUUUUGAUCCCUAUAGUGAUGAUCCAAGGCUGGGGAUUCAAAAGAUUUCAUUGUGCAAAUACAGUAGUCGCUUGGUGGUUGCGGGCACAGCAGGACAGGUUAUUGUUAUGGAAUUUAACGAUGAAAAGUCGGAAAGAAAGAUGAAUCUUUCCACAGUCGACCUCCUUCAGGAUCGAGAAGGUUUCACGUGGAAAGGUCACGACCGGUUAAGCCCGAAAGCCGGUUUAAUGGGGUUUGCUGCUGGUUUCCAGCCGAGCUUCCUGGUUCAAUGUGUUCCUCCAGCGACUGUGACAGCAGUGGCCUUGCACACUGAGUGGCAGCUUGUGGCUUUUGGCACAAGUCAUGGUUUUGGCAUCUUUGAUUACCAUAGACAACAGCCAGUGCUGGCCAGGUGCACACUACAUCCCAAUGAUUCUCUGGCAAUGGAGGGCCCACUAUCACGGGUGAAAUCACUGAAGAAAUCAUUGCGGCAGUCUUUCCGACGGAUACGGAAGAGCAGGGUGUCGGGGAAGAAGCGACCAUCGUCGUGCAGCCCUACCAGCAAGGUCCGAGAAGCAAAUGCCAAGCUUGCCGAGCAGGAUGGUCCGUGUGAGGUGGAGGUGACUCCAGUACAGAGACGGAUAGAGCCACGUUCUGCAGACGAUUCUCUGUCGGGUGUUGUUCGCUGCCUUUACUUUGCUGACACGUUUUUGCGAGAUGCCACGCACCAUGGCCCUACGUUGUGGGCAGGAACAAAUGCUGGGUCUGUUUACGCAUAUGCACUAGAAGUUCCAUCCAGAGAGAAGUGGACGGAGAGGUCCACCGAGGCUGUAUUGGGUAAAGAAAUUCAGCUGAUGCACCGAGCUCCUGUGGUGUCGAUUGCCGUCUUGGAUGGUCGAGGGAAUCCACUGCCUGAGCCGCUGGAAGUGUCCCGUGAUCUGGCCAAAGCCCCGGAGAUGCAGGGCAGUCACUCUGUGCUGAUCAUCUCAGAGGAGCAGUUCAAGGUGUUUACACUGCCGAGGGUGAGCGCAAAGACCAAGUUCAAGCUCACAGCCCACGAAGGCUCCAGAGUGAGGAAAUUGGGCUUGAUGAAUUUCCCCAGCAUUACCUCGGAUGACUAUUCGGAGAACUGCCUAGUGUGUUUAACAAACCUGGGGGACAUUCACAUCUUCACAGUCCCAGGGCUCCGGCCUCAGAUGCGGUACGAUUGCAUAAGGAAAGAGGACAUCAGCGGCAUAGCUUCGUGUGUCUUCACAAGGACGGGCCAGGGCUUUUAUUUGAUAUCUCCAUCUGAAUUUGAGCGAUUCUCCCUUUCCACCAGGAACAUAACUGAGCCACGUUGUGUGGUGGCGUGGGAAAGUGCAAGAGACCCCUUGAGCCCUGGCUCCAAUUUAUGCAAUAACUUGCAGGGAUCACCCAAAGUGAACCGUGCCAAUGGAACACACAAAAUUCAGAACAAAGGGGAAUGCAACUCAUUGGGAGCAACUGACGGGGUGAUGGAGGAUUUCCCACUGGCGUUGUCUCAGACUCCACUUGACUCCCCCAUCAGUAGCACUGACAUCACCCUGGAUGCAAGUGGUGACAUGACGGUGGAGGAUGUGAAAGACUAUUUGCCGGAAUGUUAGUGGAAUGAGGUGGAGUUCCAGAUAUCUCUCAAUGUGACUGGUUAGCCGUGCAGAAAAGGGAAUUUUAUCCACGUUGGGACCCAAACCUUGCAUUGGGAUCACAGACAUCGAUUACACGGAGGUCACAGUUUGUGCCAAAAGACACGUUUUCUUCUAAGACCUUUAUUUGAAUCUACACACUGCACCAGCAGCUGUCUGCUUCCCUUCACUUACCCAGCCUCUCAACACUACACAGGUAACUUUCAUAUGAAUGAGAGCCACCUCUGAUAUAAAGACCAAUUUUUCGAUCAUGUUUGACAAGAGAAGGAACAACAAAAUUGAAGACAGCUGAGCAUCCGUCUGUACAUUCCCUUGUCCAGGAAUUGCAUUAAAUGACGGCAAUCACAUUUUGCUUCCAGACUUUGAAAAGAAAAUGAAUUCCAAGGAAGUUUAUAAUAAAGCUCCUUGCAGCUUCUCUGUUUUGUACGAGGUUUCAAUGAAGUGAACAUAAUAGGAAUCCUUCGGCAGAUUUUCCUGAGCAU